AGCACAAGAUGUUUGAGCGCGGGGAGGUGUAUAAAUGCAGCGGCGCCGGGGACAGACCCCAGACAGCAUGCUCUCCCUCACGCUGCUCCUGCUCCUGGCCGUCCCGGAGCUCCAGGCUCAGCCCUAUCCCAUCCCGCCCACCUGCUACUCCAAAGUGCUGGCCAUGGGCAAGGAGAUCACCCAGAGAGCGGCCCAGAUCAAGACGGACCGCGACACCCACGGAUGCACCGCUCACCUGCCCGACCUCUACAUCGACGUCCACAACGCCUGCCUGAUGUCCACCAUGAGCUCGUAUCAGACUCUGCUGGACGCUCUGAGGGAGCGCAGAUGUUCUUACACCAGGAAAGUGCAGCAUCUCCGUGCCACCAUCAGACAGCUCCAGAUCAUCAUGUCACAGAAAUGUCACGGGGAGCUGGUUUAUACUCAUGAUAACUGUGAGGCGCUACAUCACAGAAGAUGGAGAGGAUGAAAUCACUUCAGACGUCACUGGACAAAGAGUGCUCCUCGUAUGUUAUUCAUAACCAGUAGCAUGGAGAACGUAAUCACGACUUGAUUUGUUUGUAUUAUCCUGCAUGCUUAUGCCAAAUUAACACAGCUUUGAUGUAGGCCGCAGAACUGUUCAAAUCUUAGCAAUAUUUCAAAAAUAAAUUCGUUAAGAAAAAUCGGAAACACUGUGAUGUAGUGUUAGCAUAGAAUACGAAUGGACAUUUAUUGCAUUUUUGAAUACCUUAAAAGAAAGAGAUUAUCAAGUCAGUGACCCACAGGCAUAUCUAAUAUAUCACUUAUUAUUUUGAAUGUUUAUUGUUUUAAAUAUACAUAUCAUUAAAUUCAACAUGUGCAUUUUUUGGUAUCAUUUUUUACAUGUUUUCUGUUCUCUAAUAAAUAACCGUACCACAUAUUACCACUAGGUGGGGGUUGUGU